AUGACUGGCGUGCUGGAGGUUGCAGCUGCUUCUGCUGCUAUUGCGGUUCUUGCUCGGAACAAGCAUGAGAAAGAACGACAGGAGGAAAGAAUUGCUUCAGAAUUGUACAAGCGCUUCUUCCACGCAGAAUUGUCCGAGGAGUCUCCGGAGCGGGCAACCUUCGCCGGAAGUGUGGCGGGUGUGGAUGCCAACGCAGCCGCAGCAAUACGUGCCAUCGAGCGUUACCAGAAGGAACGUCGACAUCGGUUUAUGUACCUUUCCAGCAGUGCGGAGCAUGUCGGUGACACCAGGACACGUGUGCUGGAGGAGCUGAAGCAGUGGCUGCUUACCAUGUCAAUGGACACUUCAAGCUCUGCUGAAACGGUGGCAAAUCGUCUUGACUACUGUUGGCAGUUCCUCCUCAGGGCUCCAGCCUUCGAAGCACAGAAUGAGAUCUCCUUUCUGGCAACUCUGGGAGAGGUUUGCAGGCACCUGGAGCGCUUGUUCCAACAGACGGUAUCCCUGGAGAGGACCGGCGAGGUGAAGAUUGGGCAGCUUCUCGGCCUUGGCCGCGAGUUGGUGGAAUCGACGAUGCCGGUCCUGCGCUUCUCGCUUUCGGCUCCCAGCCGCCCGGAGUCGGUCGAUCACAAGCAGCGGCUCGCCUUCUCAGAGCUGCUCGAGGCAGCAAAGGCCGAUUCCGAGUCCUCUGUCUUCGAUCUGUCGACCGAAAGUGGACGCCUAAUAGCUGCUCUCCUUCGCGAGGCGCACUUUCGUCGGCUUGGCGGUGAGGAGCUGGAGCGCAGUGCAGCGACGACAUCCUUUGCCGCUCUUCUGGAGGAGAUGAGCCAAAAUUGGUCCGAACCUUCAGCUGGACGAGAUUCUGGCUUGCUGGCAGCCUUCGCGCAGGAAUCCCACGUAGCGAGAAAGGCCUUCCUCGACCUGUGCAGACACCUGGAUCGCUUCUGCUUCUUCCUCAUGGCCCUGGAGCUCUACCAAAAAGUCGCGGCGGCGGGCGGCGAUGCCGCGCUGUGCUGGUUGCGCCGUAGCUUGAGCCAUUUGAUGCAGGAGCUUGGCAAGGCUUUGCUGCAACUCCGAGAGGCGAGGCUAGCCGUGGGGCAAGCUUCCAAAAAGCACCUGCAGGAGUUGGCGAAACAGCUGCCGAAGACCGGCAAGCUGGAGUUGCGAUGGAUGCAGGACUUGCGGCACGUCGACGACCAACGCUUGGACGAAUUGCACAAGACCUUGUCCAAAGGCUUUGCUGAGGUUCAGUCACUGAUCAGCGCGGCGAGAGAGGUGGAGCUGAAGUCCAUGGCCAAAGAAGGUUUGCAGAGCAUUGCUUCGGCGUUUCUGUCUGCUGACUUCCAGGCGAGGUGCUCUUUGGCGCUGCCGGACAGGCUGGCAGCCGAAAUGAGGCAGCUGGCCAGCAGCGCAGCCGUGCCAAUGAGCGCAGUUGUGAGUGUUCCAACGUCCAGCUGA